AUAUACAUGCAUAUUAGACAAUAACGGACGGAAACACCCAGCCGCUCACACAUUAACACACCCAUUUGCCAAUCAACAGUGGCUGGGUAGGUUGAGGCUGAGCUAACAGCUACCUUAGCUGCAGCGCUGCGAGCUAACAUGAGUUUUCCCAUAAGGAAGUUAGCGAAAUUUACACCGAGAGCCUGGAUGUGUGAUGGAGGCCAGAGGUGAGGAUGAGGUUGCAGACGGCCAACAUAUGCAGCCAAGCGACGCUAAUACAUGUCCUUCCGAUUCAAGUGUUGAGAGGUCCAAUGAGAAUUUGGAGGUGGAUGCAGAUGAUUUGUUCAUGCACGCCACCACUCUGACCAACAAGCAGCGUGGGAAUGAGGUUACAGUACGACCCGCAACAUUAGACUCUCUUUCUAUACAUCAACUGGCAGCUCAAGGCGAGGUUUCACAGGUGGCUGCACACCUGAGUAAAGACAGCUCACUGCUCAGCAGACAGGAUGAACGAGGCUUUACGCCUCUCAUGUGGGCAGCAGCGUUUGGAGAGAAAGCAAUGGUGGACUUUCUCUUGGAAAAGGGCGCGGACCCCAAAACUGUUGCCAGGGAGAGAGAGAGCGCCCUGACACUGGCCAGCUCUGGUGGUUAUGUGGACAUUGUUGAGUCUCUACUCGGACACGGAGUGGAUAUUGACACUUACGACUGGAACGGUGGAACACCGCUUCUUUACGCUGUACGAGGGAACCACGUCAAAUGUGUUGAGGCACUUCUAGCCAAAGGAGCCGAUAUGACCAUCGAGUCUGACUCUGGGUACAGUCCAAUGGCCUUAGCUGUUGCCCUCGGACACAAAAAAAUUCAGAAAGUGUUGGAGGACCAUAUCCUGAAACUCUACAAGCCACCAACACGACACUAGGACAGUCUGAUGUUACUGAUGCUGAGAUGAUGAAGACGCCUCUCACGACUGAAAGUUAUUUCAACAGAACAUUGGUAGAGACAUUGACACAGUACACUGCAUUUGUCAGUUCAUAACUGGUUUAUUCCAUUUGUGUGCAUCACUCUGUAUGCAAUAUGUUGUACAAAUAAGGAUUAGAAUGUGACACUUGUGCAGCAGAACUAUUUUGUUUGGCAGUAAACAGGUUUUAAUAAAGAUGUAUUUUUAUACUGGAA